AUGGCCUUCAUCUUCACUUGCGGCACCCACACCUUCCAAUCCCUACUAGCCGGCUACGAGAAUAUCACAGUGCAAUGUCAGAACUGCGGUAACUUCAGCGGCAAAGUCACGAAGCGAUGGGAAUGGUUCACCUUCUGCUUCGUCCCCAUCAUCCCCUUCUCCCUCAAGCCCUGGCACGAAGUCAACUGCCACAUCUGUCGAUUUCACCAAGACAUCAAGCAUCGACCCGACGUACAGCAGCAGAUGAAUAGCGGAGCAGGUGCAGGAGGUGGACAGCAGAUACCGUUGCAGAACCAGUCGGGGCAGGCGCCGCCGCAGGGUUGGAAUUCUGGGAACCCGUAUCAGCAGCAGAGCCAGCCGCAGUAUAAGUAG